UUCACCUAAGCUGCUAUGCUUUUGUUUGUUGUUAAAAGAAUAUAUCUUUUGAUCAUUGGUUAUAUAAAAGUGGGGAGUGGACAAUUGGCGGGAGACUUGCGUCGUUCAUUGAAACGAAAGAAGCUUACACAUACAACGAGAAAAAUGGCUGAAUUAAACGAGUUAGAACCUUUCGAGAAGAGCCAAGAUGGGUCCAAGAAACCGCUUUUUGGUUCAACUUCCAACAGCGAUGACAGCAAUGAGAACAACCCUGAGAUUGAAGACAAGACGGAAGAUCGAGAAAAAUGGGCAAGUAAAGCAGAGUUCAUGCUGUCCUCUCUCGGUUAUUGUGUUGGGUUUGGUAAUAUUUGGCGUUUCCCUUACCUCUGCUACAAGAACGGGGGAGCAUCAUUUUUGAUUCCCUACUUCUUGAUGUUGUUCUUGAAYGGCAUCCCUCUGUUCUUCCUUGAGUUAGCCAUUGGUCAGUGGUUCAGUUCUGGUGUGAUCGGUGUUUGGAAGUCAAUUUGCCCUCUCUUUAAAGGAAUUGGAUACACGAUUUGUUGGAUAUCCUACAUGUGCUGUAUCUACUAUAUCGUGAUUCUUUGCUGGAUUUUCUACUUCCUGUUCAUGUCAUUUCAAUCUCCCGUUCCAUGGAAGAAUUGUGGUAAUGAAUGGAACACCAUUUACUGCAGGACUGAAAGAAAAGGUGCGGAAGCACUGAACUGUACUCUGCUUGGUCUUGGAGCUAAUUGUACUGCAACAGCUACCUCCCCUAGUGAAGAGUUCUGGAAGCACAAUGUUCUUGAGAUCACAGAUGAUAUUGCACAGAUUGGAGACAUGCGAUGGCCUUUGUUUGGAACUCUUAUCUUGUCCUGGGUAGUUGUUUAUUUCUGUCUAUUCAAGGGAAUAAAGUCCUCCGGAAAGGUUGUAUACUUCACUGCCACUUUCCCUUUCAUCAUCCUCUUCAUCCUGAUGAUCCGUGGUGCAACUCUUGAAGGAUCCCUUGAUGGUGUCAUCUAUUAUAUUAAACCAGACUUCGCAAAACUUGCCGACCCUCAGGUAUGGGUGUAUGCUGCUACACAGAUCUACUGGUCUCUUGGAGUUGGUUUUGGAACAUUGAUUACCUUCGGCAGCUACAACAAGUUUAAUAACAACUGUCACAAGGAUGCACUGAUCAUUUCUUCAGUCAACUGUGGUACUAGCUUCUUUGCUGGAUUUGUGGUGUUCAGUGUGCUGGGAUUCAUGGCUCAUAUUCUGGAGACCACAGUAGAAAAGGUGGCAACAUCAGGACCUGGUCUUGCCUUUGUCGCAUACCCUGAAGCCAUAUCUCAGAUGCCUAUUUCAACAUUCUGGGCCAUCCUGUUCUUCUUCAUGUUGGUAACACUUGGACUUGAUAGUCAGUUUGCUACUAUUGAGGCUGUCAUCACCGGCUUGGUUGAUGAGUAUCCAUGGCUACGAGCCACAAAGUGGCGUAAACCAGCAUUUGUAGCUGUUCUCUGUGGUAGCAUGUUCUUCCUUGGCUUUCCAUGUAUUAUGCAGGGUGGUAUGUGGUGGUUCAACCUCAUGGAUUAUCAGACUGCUGGCCUUUCUCUCUUGAUCCUGGCUUUUUUUGAGAUCAUCACCAUUUCAUGGAUUUAUGGGGUGGAUAGAUUCUCUGAUAACGUAGAACUCAUGACUGGUAGGAGGCCAUUCCUGUGGUUCCAGGUCUGCUGGAAGUACGUUUCGCCAUUCUGCACCAUGACUAUCAUCCUGGCUAACAUUAUCAAGUGGAAUGGUAUAAAGUAUAACGGACAGCCCUACCCUGGAUGGGCAGAGUUCCUCGGUUGGUGCAUGUGUUUGUCUUCUGUAAUGAUGAUUCCACUGAUGGCUAUCCAUGAGAUCUACAAGACACCUGGGACAUUGAGAGAGCGCAUUUGUUUCUUGCUCAAACCCAAUGCUGAAGCCAUGGCCAAGAUUGAGCGAGACACUGCAUCUUUUCGAGGAAAGGCACCAGUUGUAUUUGUUUGAGACAAGGUUGUCAAAGCCAAGUGUGCUUACCGGUAAACCAUCAGCCUCAAUUUUGUUUUAAAGCGUCCACGACUCUUGCCGCUCUCCUACAAGGGUACACUGAUGCUUCUUAAUUUGAAAUUCUCAGAAAUCAAAGGAUUAUUACACUAGAUUCUUAGAUUACAAGAUCUGUCAUCGCGGGGGAGCGUUGGUGCCAUUUAACAAAAGAUUUUUUAACAGCACCAACGUGGCCGCCAUGUUUUUGUCUUUUGACUCUCUUGGGAAUGAUUGGAGCAUCAAUACUGAGACUGAUGACCAUCCUGUUAACCACAAUAGUAAAUACUAUUAAAUCGUAAAAUAUAUCACACCAAUGGAGUGAUUUAAUUUUGCCCAUGAUGCCCAAGCUGUUUAAUAAGGGACUUGCAGACAAAGUAAAACUGCGAGAUAAAACAAUGGAGUUGUUAGCUACCUCUAUGUAUUAUGCUUAUUAUUCUUUCAGGGACAAGUAAAACCACUAUAUUAGAAUAUAAAUAAUGUGUGUAAACUUUAAGCUAAGGGUAUUUGAGAUGUAAGUUCAUUAUUUAGUAUUGAACACAGAUAUGUUUUACUUGCAUUUAAAAACCCUUAUAUGAUAAA